UCCCGAGCAUGCGCUCCGCCGCCUAAGCUGUCGCUUGCCUGGCAGUGACUGAGACCGAGGCGGCGGCGGCGCACGAGCGCUCGCCAUGGAGUCCUACGAUGUGAUCGCGAACCAGCCGGUGGUGAUUGAUAACGGUUCUGGCAUGAUUAAAGCUGGCUUUGCAGGUGAUCAAAUACCCAAGUACUGUUUUCCAAACUAUGUGGGCAGACCGAAGCACGUUCGCGUUAUGGCUGGAGCUUUGGAGGGUGACAUUUUCAUUGGACCAAAAGCAGAGGAGCACAGAGGCCUUCUUUCCAUUCGCUACCCUAUGGAACAUGGCAUAGUGAAGGACUGGAAUGACAUGGAGCGCAUCUGGCAGUAUGUGUACUCAAAAGACCAGCUCCAGACCUUCUCUGAAGAGCAUCCUGUGCUCUUGACAGAGGCUCCUCUGAAUCCACGUAAGAACCGUGAGCGAGCAGCUGAAGUUUUCUUUGAGACCUUUAAUGUGCCAGCCCUGUUCAUCUCCAUGCAAGCAGUGCUUAGCCUUUAUGCAACAGGGCGAACUACAGGAGUGGUGUUGGACUCUGGGGAUGGAGUCACCCAUGCAGUGCCUAUAUACGAAGGCUUUGCCAUGCCCCACUCCAUUAUGCGGAUUGACAUCGCUGGCCGGGAUGUCUCUCGGUUCCUUCGUCUCUAUCUCCGGAAGGAAGGUUAUGACUUCCAUACGUCGUCUGAGUUUGAGAUCGUCAAAACCAUAAAGGAGCGAGCUUGCUACUUGUCAAUAAACCCACAAAAAGAUGAAACACUAGAAACUGAAAAAGCUCAGUACUACCUUCCUGAUGGAAGCACCAUUGAGAUUGGCCCUGCUCGCUUCCGGGCCCCUGAGUUGCUGUUCCGGCCAGACCUGAUUGGAGAGGAGUGUGAGGGGCUACACGAAGUGCUGGUAUUUGCAAUCCAGAAGUCUGAUAUGGACUUGAGACGAACGCUUUUCUCCAACAUUGUGCUCUCUGGAGGAUCAACGCUCUUCAAAGGUUUUGGCGAUAGGCUUCUGAGUGAAGUGAAGAAACUGGCCCCCAAGGAUGUCAAAAUCAGGAUAUCUGCUCCUCAGGAGAGAUUAUAUUCCACAUGGAUUGGAGGCUCUAUCCUAGCUUCGCUGGACACAUUUAAGAAAAUGUGGGUUUCCAAGAAAGAAUAUGAGGAAGACAGUUCCCGGGCAAUCCACCGAAAAACCUUCUAGGCUGGGAGUGUUCUGAGGUCUCCUUGGAGAUUCGUUCUUGUUUUCAACUCGCUUUACUGAGUCCAAGUGUCUGAGGAGCUCCCCAUUCAUGUGUGUGUGUGUGUGUGUGUAUGGGUAGAUGGGUGCCAGCAUGCCCUGGACUUUCCCAGAGCAAAAGGGAAGGCCAGGGUUUUGACUUGACUUCUGAUUGGUCUUGUGGGAGGAAGAUGAGAAAUGGGAAUGAACCUGUUUUGAAAGAUCUGUACCUUUUUUCAGUUGGCCCGUGAACUUUGGGAAUACAUUUGUGUCACAGAAGACAAAUAGCAUGGGUUAGAAACUGAGCAGCUUAGCAAGGUGGAAACGAGAGUGCAGUAAACCAGCCAGUGUUUGGGCUCCCAGCAGAUGGUCUGAGUCAGAACACGGGUUGAAAGUCUGUCAUGGAAUCUCUUUGCACAGAAGCUGACUGAUACGCAGAGUUGCUCAGCAGCUGUUUUUUAGAUGGCCAAUUCAUCGCUUCCCUCCCUUACUUUUUUUUUAAUUUAAAAAAAUACACAACAGAGAAUAAGCACAUUCUGAGCUGUUACCCAUUUACUGCUGUGUGUGUAUGAGAAUCUGGACCACAACAGGACAGUUGGAGCACUUAAUUUUAGGAACUAGUUUGUAAUGCAUGGUGUAGAACAGAAACACCCUUCCUUUGUUUGAUCCUGGACAGUCCUUGUCUUGCGGUCACUUAACCUGCAGCCAAGUGUCCAGGGCAACUCCAAAAUGUGUCAUAGCCCAUUCUGUUCUCCGCCCCCCCUCAUGUGUAAUCUAAAAGUUUACAUUGUAAGUUUUUUCUGCAAGGUCAUAACCCCUUGCACAAGGGGCUCAUCAGCCAUGCUUGCUGGGAAACCACAUAAUUGUUUUUAGAAUUAUUUUUAUUUAUUGAAAGGUCUUGGUGGUAACUAAACGACUAACUGGAACCAAGGUUAGUUUCCCCCACUCUCUGUCCUAAGCCCUUCCCAUUGUUUAACACUAGCACUGAUAUUUGAACUGCAUACUUGCUUAGUACUGUUGGGUCAGCCCUGUAACCAUCCCCACUCCUUCGAGGAACCUGUUCCUGUUUGAACAGUUGUUUCCAUGAAUGCACAGCACGAGGGAACAAUAAACUCUUAUUAGAAUACUUUGGGAGUUGAAUAGUAACCUCUGGAGAGAGGUUGUCAUUCCAGAGUUGUGUUAACCCCCUUUGGGCUGCUUCUGCACUGUUACAGAAAGGGAAAAAUCAUUUGUUUUGAAUUGAGUUUUGUUUUUGUGUUGCUUUUUUUUUUUAAAAAAAAAAUACACACGUUUUGGUGCUUGAAUUUUUUUUUCUAAUGCUGCUGCUGAAAACCAAAUAUUUUACAUUGUCAGCCACUUAAGUAUUAGAAGGUGAGACAGCAGGAAAUGAGCCUUAUGUCCACCAAUAGCCAAAUGUGGAAAGUAGAGGGACUCAAGCUAUUGAAGAUGGUGGGGGCAAAGUGUAGUCCUGUUUGCGACAGUCAGUGAAUUUUGUAUGUGGUCCAUUUGUGUUUUGUUUGCAACCUUUUGUUUUUGCUCUUUUGGCCGCAAGCAUUCUCAGAAAAUGUCUUUGGGACUGCAGUAGGCAAGUUAGAGUUUUAGCAGUAUGCUGCCUUUGUUUCAGCGCUUACAACAGCAGGAGCUGUGUCCAGCCUAAAGGAGGGAAAAUAUCACAUAGCCCCUCCUUUAGAAUGGUCGUAAAAAUGCAGUGCAGUCUUGAGUAUUAUGCAUCAUCCCCACAGUAUUAAAAACAACAACCAGUAUAAAAUCUUACAAAUGAAAAAUGUUAGGUUACAGCUCUGGCUUUGUGGUAGGAUAACUGGCCUGGCCUGUGUGGUGGUGGGGGGGAAGAAAGAAGUAUGUCUGAGCUAAUCAAGUGAAGUUCAGUACUCUUUUAUAUAUCCAGUUGUGUUUAAAGAAGGAUGUAUGCCUCCUUACGAGCCUUUCCUGCCCUCUUCCUGCAAGGAAGAUGCCUUCGGACAGAAUGGUAAUUUUCCAUUGAUGAGCACUGACUGGGAUCUCAGCAAUAUUCCCUUAUCUUUAGUUCUAUGUAAUGUGGUCCAGAGGCAAAGUUGCAAAGUUUCCCAAACAGGAGCUGGGGUGACUGCCCUGGUGGCAGAUGCUGGGGCCAGUGUUGACACUUAAUGAUGCUUUUAGCAUCGCUGUGUUAUGACUUGGCCAUUGCAAGGCAGCGUCUGGUUUCUGAGUGUGCUGAGGAAAAUGAAUGGUCGAAGCAUUUGAUAGUGGGCAUGGAGGUACUCUGCAUUAAAAAGAGUAAGACAUUUUAACAAAAUUAUGCUUCGUGCUAACAGUUAAGAAUGAACAUUUCUUCUAUUCCAUGACUUCCUGCUGUAAUUAUACUUCUCUAAUGAAUUACCAGUUAUGGGUUUGCUUAUCUCAGAUGUACCUCCUUGAGCAUCUAAGUCAACUGGCACUGCCAGGAGAAUACACCCUCCCUUGUUGCUUUAGUAGUCUUCGGAUGGCAGCAGUUGUAUUAAUAUGUUGAUUGAACUAGUCGUGUAGGUUUUUCAUUGGAAGUGAAAUUAAGUUUCUCCUGGAAUGAGCCCAGCAUUUGUUUUCAAGUGGAGUCCAGACCCUGCUUUAACCAACUACAGAUGGAGUUAAAGGUUUGUUACAUCCUUGUGUGAACCAUGAGAAGUUGGCCUGCUUCAGCAAUUCCUAUUGAUCUCAACUUCUUGGAUUUUCAGCCCAGGAUUGAGAAAGUUACGCUUCUAUUGCUGUGGAGAUAGAUUUGAGCAUUGGAUCAGAAUUUGCAAGCAGACAGAUUCUUUGCUUCACCUUCAUUUGAUAGCAGCUUCAAGCUUAAGCUGCUUGUUUUAGGUGUUUGGACCAAGAACAAUGAGACCAAAUGCAAGACUAGAGGCAAUGUCAGUGGAUCAGUUAGCAACAAGAGGUAGCCUUGACUACUAGCUUUUUCAUUGGCAAGACUUACAUCCAAGAUAGCCUGGGAUGUUUUCUAGAGGAUCUUCUGCCAUAGAUAAGGGAAACUGGCCCAUAUUUCAUGCCUUAUGCUACAAAGAUGUUGUAUUUGUUUGAGCUAUGUAGUAUCUGAAAUGCAUGCCCCGUGCAGGCUGUUAAUUUAGAGGCCUUGGUUCUUCCUUACUUCCCACCUGUAGAGCUAUUAGAUUCCCUUCAUAAUUGCAAUCUUGGGGGAAUCGCUAGUCACAAUGAGGGCCAGUACUUGGCAGCUUUACUAAUAGAGGGCACAACGAGUGGCUCCUAGCUUAGUACAGUCCAUGUUUAGGGCAGUAUGUGAGGACAAGAAGUCCCAGGUGUUAAAAAUAAAUAAAUCCCACAUUAGCUCUUGCCCCUCUUUUAAUUCCUUGUGACCUUUUCCUUGUUUUGACAUCCAUUAUCAGAAGCAGUAAUGUUACAUAUUGAAACUGACAGGUGCUUUCUGCAACCUAGCAUUGGUUCAAUCAGCCUGACACUGUACUUUGCACAUUUGUGCGAACCACAGCUGGGUGCUGCCCAACGUACUUAAAUAAAGUUGUUAAUAUACA